AUGUCAUUAACAGUUUUUACUCAGACGGCCCAGCAUGAACGAUUCAGCUUCCAUGGCAAUGUGAAUGUGGGUAAAGAUGUGACGAUUGACGAGUUACGACAAGCUUACCACGCUGUAGUGCUGAGUUACGGAGCUGAAGGAAAUCGGUCAAUGGGAAUUCCAGGUGAAGACUUACCUGGCGUUUUCUCAGCUAAAGACUUUGUCGGAUGGUACAACGGACUGCCCUGUAAUAAAGAGCUGCAUCCAGAUCUCAGCUGUGAGACCGCUGUGAUUCUUGGACAGGGGAAUGUGGCCCUGGAUGUUGCCCGAAUACUUCUGGCUCCUGUAGAAAUGCUGAAGGAAACUGAUAUUACCCAGAAUUCCCUAGAGGCAUUGGCGAACAGUAAAGUGCGAAGGGUUUUGAUCGUAGGCCGACGAGGACCUCUUCAAAUCGCGUGUACCAUCAAGGAACUCAGAGAGAUGGUCAAUCUGCCAAAGGUCAGGGCUGAUAUGCUGCCCGCUGACUUUAAGGGCAUCGCAGAAGUUUUGAAAGACCUUCCCAGGCCAAGAAAAAGACUGACAGAGCUAAUGAUGAAAGCCGUAAAGGAAGGAGGAGAUGAUAAAGCGGAGAAAUGCUGGGGCUUGCGCUUCUUUCGCAGUCCAGUGGAGGUUCUCGCUGGGGCUGAUGGGAAAAGAGCUACUGGAAUCCGAUUGGCUCUUAAUAAGCUUGAGGGUUCAGGCGAGAGUGCGCGUGCAGAAGUCACCGGUCAGACGGAGGAUGUGGACUGUGGCCUGAUCAUCAGCAGUAUCGGCUAUAAGAGCAUUCCCAUUGAUCCCGCUGUGCCCUUUGACCCCCGAAGAGCCAUCGUGCCCAAUGAGAUGGGAAGAGUGCAGGACACAGCAGGUCUGUACUGCAGCGGCUGGGUCAAACGCGGACCAACCGGCGUGAUCGCAACCACAAUGAACGACAGCUUUGAUACGGCACGUGUUUUAAUUCAGGAUAUGGAGGACGGCAAGCUGGAUCUGUCAGUCAACAAACCAGGCGCCAAAGCGAUCACUGCACUUCUGCAAACACGAGGUGUGAGGACGGUGCUUUUUUCACAGUGGGAGAAGAUUAAUGCAGAGGAGGAGAAAAGAGGCAGAUCCCUUGGAAAACCCAGGGAAAAACUUCUGGAUGUGGACGAGAUGCUGAAGAUCGCCUGGUCCUGAGAAGCGUUGCCAAGAGCACAUCUGAACUGAAAUAAAAACAACCAAAAAUGAUCUCGCCCACUUGUGGUUUUCACAUUUGUUCUCUAAUUCGGAGCAGAAAAAGAUCACGUUUGGCAGAAUUUUCGUGUUGCUCUUCUUAACACAAUGAAAAAUUAGAAAUAGCGAUUGAAAAUUUGAAUGCGUUAUUCACACAAAACUAUCGUAUGACUUCAGACAUCUGAAAAACAAAAAUGGUGCACAAAAUAGGAUGUUUUCUUGUGCAUUGUUGUAGUUCUUUACUUUCACUGUAUAAUAAGAGCAGCUGGGUGAUUCUUCUAAACAUCAUCUUUUCAUUUCUAGAGAAUAAAUAAAGUUGAAUGAGUAGACGGUGAGUAGACGGACAGACGCACGCUUCAUGUAAUUUGAGAACUUUUUCUUCAUGCUUCAUGCUUUCAGAUUGUAUCAGUGAAGAAUGAGUUGUUUAGCUUUGAUAUCAGGACAUGCAUUAUACAUUAAUCACUAGCAUUUCUCCUAAGUGCUUCUGAUGCGGUGUCAAACAAUGACGUCGAACCGGUCGUUGAACAAAUGGAAAUAUUCACUACCUGUUGACGUAUCUUGCCAGAAUAAACAUGUCUGUGUGAAACGG